CUACGGUAUGAUAGUGGGUUCUUCAAGCGUGCUUCUUUCUCCACGUCCGUUCUCUGACAGAUGCCAGAAUCGACACACUGAAGCGGUCUGUUGACGGGACGAUAAACAGCUUCUUCGCCUGUGGCAUAGCAGUCUAUCGUGGACUGAGAUCAUUUCAUUUCGCUAUGGGGGCAUCUUCUUCCAGUCUGCUGGAUGAGACUAAAUCCAACUACAUCAGAGGUCGUGCGGAGUCCGAGCUGAAGAACUUCAGUCCCCACUACAGGCAGCAGUACUUUGUAGCCUUCUUCUCUCAGCUGCAGGAGGAGGUGGAGCAACACAAAGAGACACACACUCAGCUCCUUAAACAGAGGGAGCCCCUUAGGCCAGAGGAAGUUCUGUAUCAGGACAGUGUUCUGCACUAUGACGACACCGGGAAGUGGAAGGAGAGGUUUGUGGUGAUGACCAAUCACAGCCUGGAGUGUCAUGACAACCAGGAGAGCUUCAGUAAAGGUGUUCCGGCCAGACAGAGACUCCUGCCAACAGGGGGCGUAGUUCUGACAUCAGAGGACAAGUACUCAGCGCUGGUGGACAAGGCCUUCCCUGACCCUAAAUGUUUGAAGGAGGAGACAUCUCCCCCCAUGGUAGUGGUACCUUCCGGUCAGUUCCCUGUCUACCUCAGACUGCCCUACAGACGUGACGUGUACUUCAGCUUCCCCCAGGAGGACCGACGAGCGACCUUCCUCUCCGCCCUCUCGGGCUGCAUCAGGCACCAGAACCACGAUUCUCUGAGGAGGUCUUCCUGUGAGUGUCAGGCGUUCCUCAAGGCCAUACAUUUCUACCGCCAGGAGAAAGGACACUAUGAGUCCUGGGACAUGCUGGUGGGCUGUGAGGAGCAGGUCCUCGCCAAUCUGGUUUUGGAGGAGCUACAACCCUCUCUACAGACAGAACUGCUGUCCAGACUAAAGGGAAAGAAAGCAGGGAGGAAGAGAGUCUGGUUCACCACGUUGGAAGCCGCGUACCACCUGGUCCAGGAUCAGCUGAGGGAGGGUCUGAAGGGACUGAAGGAGGAGUGUAAAGAGACAGCCAGGUCUCAUGAAGCUCUGCUUCGCUCUGAUAUGGACCAGAUAGCCAGUUCUAGAACCUUCCUGCAGGCCAAGCUACAGGCCUCCGUCAGUGAUCCAGCAGCAAAGUUCUGCAGUGAGAACGUGUCUCCGUACCUGGCGUCCAUCUUGGAAGAGCUGAUGUCUCCGGUGACGGGGGGCUUCCAGGGGGUCCGGCUUCUCCUGGAGGGGGAGAUAAACACUCUCUGCCUGGGCUUCCCCGAGGGAGCGGGGCAGGAGGGGUUAAACCAGGCACUGGGUCAGAUGUGUCAGGCAAGUCUGGAAGAGUGUUACCAGAAAGUGGAGGUCCUGACAGAACAGCUUCAGGAACUCAGGCAUCGCUUCAAGUUCUCCAACUCAGUUCGUCUGAUCCACUGCACGCAGAUAGACAUGCAACAGCUGAUAGAGAAUGCCGUGUACACCUUUAAAUUGCUCCUCCAGAGCUCACUGAAAGACAACACUUCCAAACUCACCUCAGCCAUGGAGAAAGCAAAGCUCAGAGUCCUCAAGCAAUAUGACCAUGACAGUAGCACGGUGAGGAAGAGGAUCUUUCAGGAGGCUCUGGUUGACAUCACGCUUCCUGCUAUCAGGAGGAACCUGGCUCCGGCACACAAACCGGACCUGCAGAAGUUGGACCAGUACAUCUUUGCUGAUUACACCAACUUCAUCAAUGUGGAAAACGUUUAUGAAGAUAUUCUACUGAACAUUCUGACCAUUGAGGUGGACAAAGUGGUGAAAGAAGCUGCCAGUUUGAGGAAGAACAACUUGAUGGUGGACAGUACUGACCUGCAGAGUGCCAGCCAGAGCAGCCUGACAGACAGUCACACUCCUCCCCUCUCCGCCCCCGCCAGCCCUGCCAAGAUGGCUGUCUCUGGGCUGAGCAGACAGGCCGAGCGGGCACCUUCUCCCCUGGUGCAGAACUUGUCUUCUAGCGCUGGGAGGCUGGAGGUGGAAGGCGGCCCAGUGGCUCCAGAUAUGGCUGCCCUCACUCCUCCUGUCAUUGUCAUAACUCCACAAAGUGAGGCUCCAGACCCAGACCCAGCCCCACUCACACUCCCAGCCCCAGCACAUAUACUUACCUAUACUGCUGGUGUCUCUGUAGCAGAGCCUGAUACCCCUUCACCUCUACAUGAUACCCCUUCACCUCUACCUGAUACCCCUUCACCUCUACCUGAAAUGUCCUCUGCUGAAAGUGAUUACCCUGCUGGUGCUGCCUCAACCAAACCUGAUGCCUCCUUAGUCAAUCAUGACGCCCCUUUGGCCACAAUCACACCUUAUGCCCCUUCCCCCAGCCUCCUAUUCCUGUGGCUGAACCAGCUCCCCCAGACACCGGAAGUUACAGACACAGACAAAGCAUCCCAACCACCAGGAACUGAAGACAAACCAGACACAGCCAAAGCAUCCCAACCACCAGGAACUGAAGACAAACCAGACACAGACAAAGCAUCCCAACCACCAGGAACUGAAGACAAACCAGACACAGACAAAGCCAGAAACAGCCCAGUGAGUGACAGUGUGUCGGUGUGUGUCGAGGCUCUGUCAGCAGUUAGUAUGAUUCUUCCUGAGGCCACGGUGCUCUCCACCGGUCAGAGACAGAGACAAGCCACAGACAGAGCAGUCUACCUGAAAACUCCUGCAGGGGUGAAGGAGGGGGCAUCUGUACCUCUCACCGUGGACGAGAAGGAAGAGGAGGAAGAACAUCUAUGUAAGGAGGCAGAAGCACAUCACAUUGGUACAGCCCCAUCCAACAUGGGUACAGCCCCAUCCAACAUGGGUACAGCCCCAUCCAACAUGGGUACAGCCCCAUCCAACAUGGGUACAGCCCCAUCCAACAUGGGUACAGCCCCAUCCAACAUGGGUACAGCCCCAUCCAACAUGGGUACAGCCCCAUCCAACAUGGGUACAGCCCCAUCCAACAUUGGUACAGCCCCAUCCAACAUGGGUACAGCCCCAUCCAACAUGGGUACAGCCCCAUCCAACAUGGGUACAGCCCCAUCCAACAUGGGUACAGCCCCAUCCAACAUUGGUACAGCCCCAUCCAACAUGGGUACAGCCCCAUCCAACAUGGGUACAGCCCCAUCCAACAUGGGUACAGCCCCAUCCAACAUUGGUACAGCCCCAUCCAACAUGGGUACAGCCCCAUCCAACAUGGGUACAGCCCCAUCCAACAUUGGUACAGCCCCAUCCAACAUGGGUACAGCCCCAUCCAACAUGGGUACAGCCCCAUCCAACAUGGGUACAGCCCCAUCACCUGAACCAGCCUCCCAGACUCAGAAUGACCUUAACCCCACAGGAUCAGAGAUGCAGCCUGGAGGCAGUGAGGACAGAGCUGUAGUUACCUCCGUCACUAGAGUUACUGUCACGGAGAGCGAGGGUGCCCUGCUUGCAUGCAAUACCCUGGUCACAUCACGAGGGGUGCUACUACUCCACUCACUGGGCCUGGGCAGGGUGUAG